GCGGGGUGAGGAGUCAGUGAGCUGUAAGAGGCAACCUGGCGAGUGCUUCUUCGUGCUGUGGUUCACGCUUUAGUACUGGAGGCCGAGACUGUUCUGGUGACGACGACCUGUACGGCGACGGCUGAGGCUCACAGAAGAGCAACGGAAUAGGGUCUGAAGGAAAGGCUUCAAGGCAGCCCAGGCAGCUGGAAGGUGAACACCGGAGAGGGAGACUGCAUUGUACAAGGAGCUUUACAAGGUAAUAAGCUUUUGAGAGCUUCUUGUCAGCUUCUAAUUUCAGGUUCUAUCAUAAUGAAUGGAUCCAGUGUGGUAAACACAUCACCCAGUGUAAAAUCCAAAGAGGAUCAGGGGUUAAAUGGGCAUGAUGAGAAGGAAAACCCAUUUGCAGAGUACAUGUGGAUGGAGAAUGAAGAGGAUUUUAACAGACAGGUGGAGGAGGAGCUUCAGGAGCAGGAUUUUUUGGACCGGUGCUUCCAGGAGAUGCUGGACGAAGAAGACCAAGACUGGUUUAUUCCCUCACGAGACCUGCCUCAGGUCAUGGGACAGUUGCAACAACAGUUAAAUGGACUGUCUCUGAGCGAUGGUCAUGAUUCUGAAGACAUUUUGAGCAAAAGUAACCUGAACCCGGAUGCCAAGGAAUUUAUUCCAGGAGUGAAGUACUGAGCUAACAGAAAAGCUUUGAGGAGGACUUGUAUGUUGCCACAUCUGGGACAGUGCUGCAUACAAAGGCAGAGCUAAAGGGGGGUGGGUGGGCUAGGGCUGCACAGUGGGGAAGGGGAAUAGUGGUUUAACUUGACACUGUGACUGGAGUAGCUAAUGUGCUCAGUCUUACUCUGCAAGCCUGAGUGUUUCUCUUUUGUUCUACUGACUUUCAUUUUGAGCAGUUUCCUAUUAUUAUUAUUAUUAUUAUUAUUAUGUUUUUGGCUUUUUGAGUUAAGGAAAUUGCAAUAUUCUUUUUUCUCACUUCAUCAGGAAUGUUCUGCUAUGUGUGUUUAAACAAAAUAAGCUGACCAAGAAAAUCUGGGUGUUUACAAAUGCCCUCUCACCCUGCUGUAUACUUAAAAAGGCAGUGCACACCUAGAAAACUACUAUCGAGUCUGUUAAGCUGGAUGGGAAGAGGGAUGAGUGGAAGAAGCAAGUGUUGUAAAAGAGUCUGCAGCUCAGCUCUCCCAACCCCUGGGGGCUUCCUGCAAUGAACUGGCAUUACCAAUGGCCUGCUGAACUCAUGUCUUCCUGUCUUGAACCCUGUUCAAGAAAACACAGACUUAAGUACUGGUUUACAGUAACUCUUUUGAUGAUUGAUUAAAUUUGUGAUCAGAAGGGGGAAAUUGUAAUGGGUAUUGUCACUUGAAUGGUACAGUUACUGUUCACCUACUCCUAAGCCUCUGUUUACAGCUGCCGUCAGACUCAUCAUUUCAAGGUACAAGAGCACUAGGGUAGAUUUGCCUCUUUGCCUCUCAUGGUCCUCUAUCCCUUUCCACCCCCACCUUUCUCUGAUUUUAAAAAAAGAUAUUGUUACCAAAGGUGAGUGAGAGGCAUGCUAUGCUGGACAUAAGCUUCAGGCUGGAGAAGUCAUUCUUGAAUCCUGUUAGUUGUGUCUUAAGUUUAUUUUGACAAUUUUUUUUCACCCCUAUGAAGAUUUGAUCCUUUUGAUAUCUUCCCUUAGAAAGGUUUAUGCACUUUUACAAGUAACUAUAUUUUUUGGAAUGCUAACAAGAAGCUCAGUUCACUGUUUUGAUGCUUUUCCCACUUCAUAGAAUUAUGCAAAAGAACUAAAAAAAAAAAAAAACCAAUAGAGUGAAUUCUACUUGACCCAAGUGACUGUGUGACCUACCAGGAUAGUUUCAGCAAUUACCAAAUUUUGCUGUUCCUACAUGCCCAGCUUUGCAAGUUUUCUUGAUUGGGCUCUCUGGGUUCAUUCCUUUCAUCUUUCCUGCCUGUAAGUCACAGGGGUUUUUUGUUGAAACUCAUAAGGAACCAAACUGGGCACAGAUGCUGCCUUUGUGUGAUAGAGAUAUAGGUGGGAGAGUCAGGUCUAAAGGACUGUGUGUCAGGUCCUUGCCAUCCUCCCAGGAGGAGGACUUGCAGACACCUGAGCACAGUGGCUUCUGUGUGACCACUGCUGUGGGUGUGUGAGGCACAUCGGGAAAGAGAUCAUGGAACUUGAAAUGAAGUCUGUGAAUUCAGUAUGUGGAGGUGGGACAGAGGUGAGAAGGAAAGGACUAGGGUCUGGAAAGCUUAAGAAUUUCUCUUUUUUCUUAUGAGUUCUUUGUUGACCUUUUGAACAGCCACAGCCUAAGGUCAGAUUUAAAAUAGGAGCCCCCAUCUUUUUCUCAUACAAGUCUAUUGGAUGGCAUUAUUUGAAAACUGGCCUUUCCUUGCUAGGUCACAUGUCAAAGGAGAGUAACUUAAGGAGCUUGUAUUGCCAGAUGUGCACAUUAAUUCUCAAAGCCUCUACCUCGAGGGAGAGGAACUCUAGCUUGUUUUCAGAGAGAUGAAUGAAUAAAGAAAUUUCUUUAUCCCAGCUUCGGCUGCCUGAAACAAGGACAGGGCCUUGGAAAUGCAGAUAUAGAAGUCUUUCUCUCUUCUGGGGCUGCUUUUCUUUCUGUAGUUUCCAUUAGCUUGGCCAAGCUCAGAAUUAUAAAGACUUUUGGAAAUGUGCUGUGAUUGCAGAAAGAGCCAUUCUCUAGACCCUGGAGAUCUCCAUCACAAAGAGUACAAUGGAUUCUUGUGUGGCUCCCCGUCUGGAAGGUGCUGCUGGAAUCCAGAUCUAGUCAUUUCUUCAUCCUGAAGAAGCCUUGCCCUCCUGACACCAGAACAGGCUAAGGUGCUAAGCGCUGUCCCUCUGGCAUGGGGUUCCAUUUUGGGUGUCAGUCUUCAGGGUGGUUUCACAAGGCAUACUUUGUCAGGACUAAAAUCUUCCAGCCCAGUGAGCAGUGAACCUGAGGGCUGGACUUUCCCAGCCUGUUCAGACACAUAGUAUGCUAAGUCCAGGAUCAGAAAGCAGCUAGCAAUGUGACCCCUUUUGAAUGUUUCAGCUGAUGCUUCCAAUGGUUCCUCUUACAGCCCAGCUCUGUUCUCUAUCUCUUUGGUUGUGAGGUGGGAACAGAGCUGUUACCCAGCUCACAGGCUCAGCUAACGUUCGAGUUUGCCAGCUCCUUAGCAGAAAAUACACUUAGGUCUCAUUGUACCUUGACUGGGAAGAGCUGGGAGCCUCUGGCUAUCUCAGACUUUUCAUCACAGCAGAGGGUCUGGGUGCAAGGCAGGCUGGCACCUUUACCCUUUAAAGGUGAGGCUGGUAUUUAUGUGAUCAUUCUGAUGUUGAAUUUAAGUUGUUAUUCUGUUGAAACUUUCCUUAUUGGCAACUGGGAGUUUGAGAAUUUGUGUAAAAACAGAAGAUGUAUUUUUAACAGUUGCCAACCCUGGCUGGUCCCAGUGUUAGUUUAUUAGUGGUUGAUUUGUGAUUUUUGUGAUUAUUGAAUUCUAAAACUCCAAGAUGAAAAUCAUUUUAUCUCUUGCUCUUUAAGGAGAAAAUCAUGAACAUAAAGGAAGUAUCUUUUCAGUUUCUUCAGGCCCUAGAACUACAGCAGAGAAUUUGAUGGGUGCAGCCUAGACCUAAGCACCUGCACCUUUGGGUCUUUGGCCAGUUUCUGAAUGCAACAGUUGACUUUUGGGAUUAUAUAAGGUCAAACCACACAAGAUCAUAAAUAAAAGCCUGGACCUUUAUAGCACCUCAGUUUCCAAAGUCAAAAUACCUGGGGAUCUUUUAAGGUCCUAAUGCUAACUAUGGCUUAAAAAUGUUUUUAGUGAAAUACUAAACAUUUUUCAAAUUGUAUGUUGCUACAAUGUCAAAGUUUUGUCUUAAUUUUGGAGAGCCUGGGAAGUAAGGUCAUUUAGAUACUCUGGAAAUUACAUGUCAGAGGAAAGUCGUUUGAAGUAGCCAAAGGAAACAGCCUGAUUGAAUCUUCCUACAUUAGUGCUGCUGCAAACACCUGUAGAAACAUUAGGAGCCCAGGAAUCUACCUACUGUGAUUGGGAGAGGCAAAUGUUUGUUGAUAGGGGUCCCAGCAACACAGGUAAAUAAUGUGUCUUGGUUUAGGUGAUGUUGAGGAAUGGGAACGGGCAGAAGAGACCUGACAUUUGACUAAGAUUUGGAGAUAUCCAUCUUCUGGGGAAGAUUGUAUAUCCCCCAGCACCUUCCUUAGGGAUUAUGCAAACCUCAUCAGUUUGGGAGGUGAGUCAGGAGAACAGGGGGUUGACCCAGAUCUGAUAUGCAUCCAGAACCUUCAUCUCCUCCUUCAUCUGCUCACGGUUCCCAAGCAAAUCAUUGCUCCCUCAUUGCUCAUCAGGAUCCUUAGCUGCUCUGGUCCCCCUGCCCUGUGUAGUGCACAGAGCGCUUUUUGCAGCCACUGCUCCCCUGCUGUGCGAAAGUCAUCCACAGGCUUGGUUAGUCACAACUUUGAAAGGUAUUUUUUCCCUUUGUUUUUAAUGUUCUGUCUUUAUUUGUCCCAUCUGGCAGCUGUAAUUGGUGACAAGGGACAGGGCAGUAGGAGGCUGACCAAAGGCAACAUUUGUUUUUUGCUUGCUACGUGACCUUCUGCCCACUCUGCUACUCCUGUCCCCAGUCUAGUUUUUAUAGGAGUCACAGGAAUAGGACAGCUGAGUGCACCGAUCUCCACUGGGCUUCAGCGAAGACUCUCCCCCAGAGGAGAAGAGAAAUUUGAAAAGGGACAGGUGCACCACCUUUAUUUCAAAAGAAAAGGCCCCCUUAGAUUUUGAUGUUGCUAGGAGUCUCCUUUUUGAGACUACCUCCUGACUGGCUACCUUUUUACUUUAAAAUAAUGAAGAAACAUUCUAGGCAAUUUACUAUAAAAUAGUACAUUUUCACUCUAGCUCAACACUACGUGAUAAUCCUGACCUGUUGAUUGAACCUCAGGAAUGUUUAGCGCUUGAUGGGUGGUUUGGGAGGCAGGGUCUUUUUAACUUUUA